AGGAAACGCUCGAGACUUUUCGCAGAACAACAAUUUGCUGGUUCGUUUGGAAAAAGAUAGUAAAUUCCUUUGGUGCGUGUUCUUCUCAUCCCUCAUCAGGAUGGCGUCUGCAGAAAUAGAGGAUUUAAUCUUUGGUGAAAUAUGCCGUUGCUGCAUGGCUAGUAAACCGAGGAUGAAGCCGCUGUUCGACAACAACCUGCAUGCCAUGUUGAGCGCUGUUACUGGGCUGCAGUUAAGCAAAAACGAUGGUCUACCAUCACAACUAUGCGUACCCUGUGUGUUGCAGGUUCGUCGGGCCCACUUCUUCAAGGUGCAGUGCGAACAAACCGACAGUGCGCUUCGUAAUUACGUGAUUGAAUCAAAGUUUUCGGAAACGGAAGAGCAACAGCUCAGCCCGAAGCUUGAGGAAAAAGUUAGCGUGAAGGAGGAAUUACUGGACGAACCCGAUACAGCUGCAAGUGACGAGAUUGACGCUGAACCGAAUGGUGUUAAGGUCAAAGUGGAGAAACUAUAUCACUGUCCGCAGUGCUCAAAAUCUUUCGAGAUGGAGCGAAAACUGAAGCGCCACAUGCGAAUUCACACGUCUGAGCGACCACACGCCUGUCCAGAGUGUGACAUGACGUUUGUGGAGAAAUCCAACCUGUCGAAGCAUAUGCGUAAACAUACAGGUGAGCUGCGGAACUCAACCGGGAAACCCCACCUUUGCUCGGAGUGUGGCAAGGCGUUCAAAUACGGCACAUCGCUGUCGCGCCACCGGAGGCUCCAUGCCAAUCGCAAUCUGUUCACCUGCCACAUCUGCUCUAAGGCGUACGUCGAGCAGCAGACACUGGAUAUGCACAUGCGAACGCACACAAACGAGCGUCCGUUUGCAUGUCCUAGCUGCGACAAAUGCUUCGCCCAGAGAGUAAAUCUCGAGCGUCACGAACGGACACAUAGCGGUGUAAAACCUUACGGUUGCGACGUGUGCGGCAACAGUUUCACCCAGAAAAGCUACCUUAUCAUCCAUAAGCGAAUACACACGCAAGAAAAACCGUACGAGUGUCUUAACUGUUCGGCACGUUUCAUCUCGCGUAAUGCUAUGAUGAAGCACCAGCGGACACCCUGUUCAAACAGGCCAUAUUGGUGCACCUACUGCAAGAAAUCGUUCCGAUACAAAAAAUGUCUCCGUACGCACCGGCGAAAUCAUUUGCUUGAGAGUCCGCACGCGUGCCAAUACUGCGAGUCAAGGUACAUGAGCGCGGUCAAGCUGGUGGCUCAUAUCAAGGCGAAACAUCCGAAUGUUCCGUGUCGCGCUGAAGACUACGGAGUGGACGAAUCCAACCGCAUGCGACGGAAGAACAUCCAGAGACGAAACUCCAAGCCUCGGUCACAGCCAGAGGAAAGCGAAUACGAUGAGCUGAGCGUGGGAGAUGAAAAUGAAGACGGAGAAGAUAUUGAGAUCGCUUGUGUCGGGAUAUUGGACGAGGAAGAGGAAGAAGAAAGUGCUGGUCAACAUAGCCGGGACGAAGAAGUUGUGCACGUAAUGUUCAACGGGGACGGAGAGCCGGAGGUUUUAGAACAUCCUGACGAACCGGACGAUCAAUACGCGGCUAGUUCAGACAUUCGGCACGGGUCACUGUUGGACAUUCAGAUUAUGAAUCCGGAAGAAGAAGAUUCGGACAUUGAACAGUAGACAGUUUAUGCAUCGAAUAAGAAUCGUCCAUGCUACGAAACUGUUGUGAAAACAUUUAUUACACUAGA